GCUACAUUUCCGACAAACGCAGUUGCUGCUACGCGUUCUUUCUCUGGAUUGUUUAAAAAGUAUCUAGAUUAUAUUUUUGUUUUUAGUUAACAGCAAUUUUAAUUUUAUAUACAGUGUUACUUGUUUAGUAUCUGUUUAUAAAAUGGGAAAACCAGAGUUUAACAAUAGUCGUGGCGGCGGCGGAGGUCGUGGUGGCGGUGGGUUCCGCGGUGGCAGAGGCGGUGGUGGCCGCGGUGGCGGAGGUGGACGCGGAGGUUUCGGUGGGGGUCGCGGUGGCGGAGGCGGCGGCAAGUUUGAGAAGAGGGGCGGAGGCCGAGGGGGCUUCGGUGGACGAGGAGGCGGCGGCCGAGGUCGUGGAGGUCCCCCCAAAAGAGGAGGCUUCAAAGGAGGCAAACAAGUUAUUAUAGAACCACAUAGGCAUCCUGGAGUAUUUAUUGCUAGAGGCAAGGAAGAUGCAUUAGUGACUAAGAAUUUUGUGCCCGGAUCUGAAGUUUAUGGAGAGAAAAGAAUAUCUGUUGAGACAGACGGAGAAAAGAUUGAGUACAGAGUAUGGAAUCCAUUCAGAUCGAAGUUGGCUGCGGCUAUAAUGGGCGGAGUGGACGCUAUCCAUAUGCCGCCAGGCUCCAGGGUUCUGUACCUGGGCGCUGCCAGCGGGACCACUGUCAGUCAUGUGUCGGAUAUUGUUGGACCGGAAGGAUUAGUGUAUGCAGUAGAAUUCUCCCACAGAUCAGGACGUGAUUUAAUAAAUGUAGCUAAAAAGAGAACUAAUAUCAUUCCUAUAAUUGAAGAUGCAAGACAUCCACUUAAAUACAGAAUGUUGGUCGGCAUGGUGGACACGAUAUUCGCAGAUGUAGCGCAGCCCGAUCAAGCUAGAAUAGUUAGUCUAAACGCUCAGCAUUUCCUUAAAAAUGGUGGACAUUUCGUGAUUUCAAUCAAGGCUUCCUGCAUAGAUUCAACGGCGGAGCCUGAAGCUGUUUUCGCUGCUGAAGUGAAGAAAUUACAAGCUGACAAAUUGAAGCCACAAGAACAGUUGACAUUGGAGCCCUACGAGAGAGAUCACGCCGUAGUAGUCGGAGUAUUCAGACCCCCGCCGAAGAAAGCGUAGAUAAUAAAUUUUUUUUUU